AUGGAGAAUGGAUCGAGUGAACUCUCGAUUCAUGAACAAGACAUACACAACUCGGAUGAUUCAAAAGAAAAUAACUUUGAUUCGCAAAAUUCUCUCGAGAGUCUUUCAACAUUCAUCACAUCUCUCCAACAGUUGCAAGAAGAGAUAGAAUACAAGAUAAAUAUCGUUCAAGAUGCAAUAAAGGAGCUUGAGUCAUUCAAAGAUUACAAAGAAACUCCAGGAGAAUCAGAAUUUGAAACAGCAUUUGAUGAUGCGGACCAGAAAAAGCCAGACUUUGAAUUAGUUGAUAAAGUAUUAAACGAAUUCAUUGAUAAUAUCUCAGAUAUUAAGCAAUUAUUACUAUAUAUCGAUGAUCAAAUACAAGUAUCUCAUAUUCAACUCAAACAAAAGAAAAAACGUCUCUCAGAAGCAAAUAAUAUAAACUUAGAUUCAGAUACUACAUCAGAAUUGUAUCGAGAUGAAAAUAAUCCAAAAACUAAGAAAAAUACAGAGAUUAAGAACAAAAUUAAAGAAGAUGGAGAAUCAGCACUUGCUGCUAGACAACAAAUAAACCAAUUAGUUGAUGAAAUUAAUCAAUUACAAUAUAAUGGGGAAAUAUCUCAACCAAUAGGGGAUGAUUCGCAAGAACACAUCCAAGAAUCAGAAGAAGAUAUUAAAAAGGAACAGAUUAUUGACCAAAACUUACAAAAUUAUUAUGAAGCUGAAAUUUCAAGAUAUAAAAGAAUCUUAAACAUCCAACAGAAAGAGGUAGAAGAGAUGACACAAGUUAGAAAUGAAUGUGAACAAUCAAUUGAAGAGUUCGAGACAGAGAAAAGGAAAAAUAUUGAAGAAUUAAAUACAAAAACUACUGAAAUUUCCGAUUUAAAGAUGGAAAUGAAUAACUGCAUUAGAGCAAUUACAGAAAUCAAGAAGAUAAGUCCACAAUUAGCUGCAUUUAAUGCUCAUAUUACUUCUGUUGUUGAAGAUAUGGAAAAAAUCAACAAUGGAGUGAAAAGUCAGCUAGAAAAGCUUACAUUAGAAUACCAGAAUUAUCAAGAAAUUGUUGAUUCGUACAAUAAAGCACAAGAAAUCAUAAAACAGAACAGAUUACAUCAAGAUGACGUAAUUCAGAAACUUAUUGAGGCAACUGACUUAUCAGAUAAAACAUUAGAAGAAAUACAUCGAUACAAAGUAGAAAAGGAUGGUUAUUCUGAUGAUCUUCAGAAUAUUAACAAAAUUAUUGAAGAUGUUACACAAAAACUUGAUAAACAAGUUGAAGAAAUAGAUAAAUCAGCUAAAGACUAUUACUCAACUGCUCUUUAUAAGCUUAGUUCCAGAAUUAAUGAAGCAAAAGCCGAAAAUUCAAAUUUAAUUAGGGAAAAAGAGUUUUUAUUGACCGAAAUCCAAGACAGCAACAACAAAUAUCAAACUCUUAAAGAAUCUACUGGUCAAAAAUCAAGGGAUGAAUAUUUAUCAGAAAUUUUCGAAUUCAAUAAAAAGUGUCAAGAGAUUAUUCAAAAAUUGAUUGGUUUACAUCAAGAAAAUAUCAAUACAAAAAAGAGGAUUGAAAAAUUGAAUGAACAAAAAGGUUCUACGGAUAACCAAACAUAUAUAAACAUAUUAAAUUCAAGAGCACAGCAAAUAAAAAUGGCAAUUAACCAAAUUUGUUCAAAUAUCGGAGAUAUUGAAUCACAAAAUCAGUCAAAUAACGAAAUUAACAUCCAACUCAAGAAGCACUUAGAACAAAAGACACAAGAAGUUAAGAAUAUAAAGCAAAAUGCAACAGAAGAAAAAGAAUCUCAAAUUAAGAAGAGCAAACAGGAAUUAGAGAAAAUUAUCUCAUUGCAACAGCAAGAGAUAGUUUCAAUGCAGAGUAAAAUCGAGGAAUUUCGGAAACAGUCAAAAACGGCAAAAAAUAAUUCCGAAAAAAUGAGUAAAGAAACCCAAGAAAAGCUGAACACAAUUGAUGCACAACUAUCAAAUAUGGCAAAAACUAGGAAGAAAUUGGAAUCAAGGCAUAUUGAGUUAAUUGAUUAUUUAAACAAGUCUUCUUAUAGUCUUCAGGAUGUAACAUCAGAAAUUAACACUCUUCAGAUAAGGAUUGCCAAGAAAAACAGUCACGAAAAACGAAGAGCAGAGCAAAUUACUCAAAUGGAAGUUCAAAGACUUUCAAUGGAAAGCGAAAUAAAGAAGGCAAAGAUGCUUAGCGCCAGACUUGAUGAAGAAAUUGCUUCUCAACAAGAGAAAAAUAAUCAAAUUGAUAUCAGAUUAAUAGAAAAUAACGAAUCUUGA